UUCAAACUUUUUUUUUCCCCCAUUUUUUUCCCCUUAAAUUCCUUUUGGAAAUAUGACUCCCGUCAUCGACCGCCGAUUUAGUAGCUACUGACGUCAUGGGACGCAACCGCGACGGCUCCGAGGGCACUCUUCCUUGCACAGCGGAUCAGUCUCCUCCUCCUCCGCCCAAAUCUUCAAGGAAACGCCAUCAGGGUCACCACUCCAAACACAGCAGAAAGAAACAAAAAUUUAUAUUUCCAGAAACUGACACUAAAUCCCUAAGCCAAAGCAAAACCGUAGCUAAGAUUACUCCUCCAAAUUCGCACAAAUGCAACCGUCAUUCCCACAAAGGCAGGAAACACAGAAACCGCAAAGAAUUACGAAGUGAACACAGUCAUCGCAAGUGGACUUAUUCUGCUCAUGAUGACUCCAAUUGCGUCGGCAAGGUUAUUCUUGUAUCAUAUAACAUACUUGGUGUUGAAAAUGCGGCAAAGCAUCCGCAACUGUAUAGAAGAGUCUCACGGAAGUAUUUGGAUUGGGAGCACCGAAAGAAGCUUCUGUGCAAGGAAAUCCGUGGGUACAAACCGAGCAUCCUGUGUUUUCAGGAGGUUGAUAGAUUUGAUGAUUUGAAUGAUCUUCUUGGAAAAGAUGGCUUCAAAGGUGUGCACAAGGCUCGUGCAGGUGAAACAUGUGAUGGCUGUGCCAUAUUUUGGAAAAAUGAGUUAUUUACUCUUUUGCAUGAAGAAACCAUAGAGUUCCAGAGGUUUGGACUGCGCAACAAUGUUGCUCAAUUUUGUGUUUUAAAGAUGAAUGAUAACUUUCUCGGUGCCAAUGCUACUGCUCAGUCAUCAUGGUCCACUCAUAGUGUCCUGGUUGGUAAUAUACACGUUCUCUACAAUCCCAAACGUGGAGACAUUAAGCUGGGCCAGAUGCGACUAUUUCUUGAGAAGGCCUAUAAGUUAUCACAAGAAUGGGGUAGCAUUCCAGUUGUCAUCACUGGGGACUUGAAUAGUUUGCCACAGAGUGCAAUGUAUCAGUUCAUCACUUCAUCUGAGUUGCAUGUCCAACUAUAUGAUCGAAGACAAAUAUCUGGCCAGAUAUGUCCAGUUGAAUACCCAAACUUUCAUACUCGGAGUCAUUGGACAAGGCCGUCAAUGUAUAAGUGGACUGAUGAAGAACUAAUGCUUGCUACUGGAUCAAGACUGAGUCACCUAAGCCAUCAUUUAAAGCUCUCCAGUGCUUAUGCUGGCGUUCCUGGAAGCUCAAAAACUAGGGAUAAGGUUGGGGAACCUUUGGUAACGUCAUUUCAUUCCAUGUUUACAGGAACAGUUGAUUAUAUAUGGCAUACCCCAGAGCUUGUUCCAAUAAGGGUUCUUGAAACCCUACCAAUGAAUAUAUUAAGAGAAAUAGGAGGGCUUCCUAGUAAGAAAUGGGGCAGUGAUCAUCUUGCACUCGUAUGUGAACUUGCUAUUGCUAACGACGGGGAUGCUGCUCGGGAAUCUCCCGCUCCUGAGUUAUAAUUGGUAAAAAGUACUGCAGAAUCAUCUCGAUACCUUCUUGUAAGCUGCAAGGAUAUUGAUUUAUUUAAUGUUACCUUUCUCUCUUCACCUACUCUUUAUUUGAUAGUUUAUUACCUUUUCCUCUAUAUGUGAAUUGAAAUUCAGUGUAUGGAGGAUUACUUCUAGCUGGCAUUCUCAUCACCCCAAGUCACAUUGUGGGUCCAUUAAUGUUAUUUGGAACGGGUCGUGUCAACCAUAAAACACCAUGAAUGGAAAUAUAUUUCUUUUUUAAUUA